UUAAUCUUCCUGUUGAAUUUCAAUUCCUGGUGUGUUUUCAAAGUUUUGGAUGACUAAUUAUUUGGCUUUUUCUUGGAUUAAUUUCAACUUUGUCACCCAAAAAAUUUUCAAUCAAUGAAAUUUUGGGUACAAUGAAUAUAGUUUUCGGUCACCCAAAAACUUUUGUUGAUAAAAAAUAGUAUUAUAUUGGUUGUUUUCUUUUCUUUCUCAUAUAAAUGUAGUAUAAAAAUCGACUCUGCGUCGUAUUAGCCGUCUUAUUGCUAGUAAAGUGCUGAGUAUCUCAAAACAACACAAUUUUUUCAAAAGUUGUUUCUUGACUUUUAUUUGCUUUUUUAUUUUCAUGAGUUGCAUAUGUGUGGUCAUUGAUUGUACUGUUUCGGCCUUGUGUUUCUGUAAAGUAGCAACCAGAUUUUGUGGAAUCAUAUAAUUAAAAAGGAGACAAAGAUGAAGAGAUACAACUGUUAUAUAGCCACGUUAUAUCUAUUUAGUCGAUGUUAGGUAUAUAUAUAUAUAAGCUAAAUAUUAUCGGAAGAAAAUAAAGAAUUAGCUUACAAGCUAAGCAUUUAGUGAGCAAAAGAAAUAUGUUCAGCCAUUAGAAAAGGUAUUUAAAACAAAUCAGGGAAACCAACCAGCAUGCUCUGACUCUUUUGUAGCAUUGGAGAUGCACCUACCUGUAGGAAGAAAUUAAUUUUUGUGAGGCAGGUAUAUCAAUAUGUGUGUACAUAUAUAUAUAUCAACUGCAUUGCAAUUCAAAAAGCUAGUUGUGGUUGGUUAUAUGAAAUUAUGAAUCCUCUGAAUCUAUUAGACUACUUUUAUGUUGGCCAUCAACUUACCAUAACUUACCUCCUUUAUUUGGGGGUAGGAAUGGCUGUGCUUUGCAAACUAACAUAGAUAUGUGUGGUCAUUGAUUGUACUGUUUCAGCCUUGUGUUUCUGUAUGGAGGUUUCAAUUUAAAAUAAGCUUUGAAACUUCAUAAUAUAUGUCACUUAGAGUAGCAAAAUAAUAUGUAUUUCACCAAAUGUAUUUGUUUCAAUUGUUGCCUUCUUUAGUUCAUCACGGAGCCUCAAAGCAAACAGCUAAAGGUUUCUUUCUGUCAAACACAAGGCUCUUUUAGGCUCUCUUUAUGCAACUUCAGUCUUAGCUUCUUGGUUGUUCUGCUUUCUUCAGAUUAUUUACAUUCAAUUAUGCCGGACAAUGUUAAGUGGGACGAUGAUACACAUAUUAUAUUUCUUGAGUUGUGUGAGCAAGAGGAAAUCUUUCAACAUCCGGGAGAAACAAUUCAUAAUGUUUUAAAGGCCAAUUAUGAACUUGCAAGAGAUAUAAUUAGACCACAUCAAAAUUAUAAUGAUGGUGCAGGAGCUCACAAGCCAUGUAAUAGUCGAUAUCUCCCUUUCUUUAGAGAUUGUAUUGGAGCACUUGAUGGCACACAUGUUAAAGCAAGAUUACCGCAAGGUCAAGCGAUACCAUAUAUUGACCGUAAAGGUUAUCCGACUCAAAAUAUUCUUGUUGUCGUAGAUUUUAAUAUGUGUUUUAUAUUUGCAUGGGUUGGGUGGGAAGAAGCAGCUCACGAUAGUCGUAUAUUUGGUGAGGCCCUUCGUAGACCAGAACUCAACUUUCCACGUCCAAUUGGAAAUAAGUAUUAUCUAGUUGAUGCAGGAUAUCUGCAUAUGAAGGGAUAUAUGGCUCCAUACAAAGGAGAUAGUGUGAGAUAUCACCUAGCACAAUUCUGUCGCGGUGCAACAAGACAAUUGCGAGAACCAAGAGGGAGAAUUGAAAAUUUUAACUAUUUGCAUUCUUCUUGUAGAAAUAUUGUAGAGCGCACAUUUGGGGUUUGGAAAGCAAGAUGGUCUAUUUUGCGAGACAUGCCUUUCUAUCACAUUGACACUCAAAGAGACAUCGUACUUGCUACUAUGGCCAUUCAUAACUAUAUUAGAAAGAAAUGCAAUAUAGAUUAUGCAUUCCGAGCAGCUGAGAAUGAGAGAUAUGUUCCAUCUGUUGAUCCUGAUGUUGGUACAUUUUUUAGAGCUAAUAAUAAUAUAAAUGCGAAAAAUGUGGAAGAGCAAAGUGAUCUUGUUUGGAUGGGUCUUCGUGAUUUGAUUGCCAAUGAAAUUUGUGAAGUAUACUUGUAGUUGUAUGAAUCUUUUAAAACACUAAUAUUUAUUUUUUUACAUUCCAA